AAUCGAAACAUUUAUUUGAAUUGCCGUCUAAAACGACAAAUACAAAAUGUAUCUAAUGUUAUAACUAACAAGUGACGCCAAUUAAUCAAAUACCAAACGCUGUGCCACACAUGUUGCACACAUAUUUGCAGCAUAAAUAAAAAUCCGUCGAGGGCUGCACUAAGUAUCACAUAAAAUAUGCCAAUAACAAUCAAAAUUUAAGCAAAUCAUUUGACAAUCUGACCCAAAUGCCAUCUAAACAAAGUAAAUCUCAAUAAAAUAAAUAUGUAAAUGCUGCAAAUUUUAACAAGUUUUACAUUGAAAUUAUACAAAUUUGAUCAAAAUUUGCAAAUGGCAAACAGCAUUAAAUUAAAAUGUGUUCUACUGUUGCCAUCGGCCCACAUCUAAUGGGCUUGUGUGUGUGUGUUAGUGAAUAUGUGUCUGUGCAUGUGUUUGGCAAUAAUUGAGCGAGUAUGCAUUAAAAUAAAUGUCAAAUAUAUAUAUAUAUAUAAAUAAAUUAAUAACGUCCAUAAAAUAAAAGGCUGGCGUGCAUAAUUUAGGCUUAUAAAACAUUUAAAGCCGCAGCACGUUCAAAAAAAAAAAAAAUACAACAAAUAGAGUGUCAUAUCAGGUUAGUGCAAAAGUGCAUGCCUGUGUGCUAGUGUCUGUGAGUGUGCUUGUGUUUAAAAAACGCCGUGUGCUCGCUAAAUGCUUUAAUUAAAAGCCGGGCAUAAACAACACCCAUAGUUUGGAUUAUCAGUGGAAAAACGCUCGGUGGAAAACUUUAUCUGUAAAGUCGGGUCUGGCUCUUACUUGGAGGUGCAACGUGCUGCAAUAAUUUAAAUUGAAUGCCACAGGACCUCAACACGAUCUGGCAAUACAAUCCCAUUAAAAGCAGACAUUAGUGACAUACAGAGAUAUAAUAAAAUAAAACAAAAAGAAAAGGUCCCCAAAAAUUAAAGCAAAGUCAGAUAAAAGAAGGCACUUUGAUUGCAACAUAAAAUUGCCACAGAAAAUUGCAUAAAAUUGCAGCAAAAAGCCGGGCAACGAGAGAGAGAGAGAGAGAGAGAGAGAGAGAGAGGGAGAGCGAAAGAGCGAGCGAGAGGCGAUAUAACCAAGAAAAGACAGAAAAAAAGACGAAGAUAGUCGUAUCUAAACGGGGUCAGUAAUUUGCUGCACGAUUGCCAGACGAGCCAACAACCCAACGAACUGGAAGUUUAAUUGCCUCAGCUAUCGUUGUUGUUGUUCUUGUUGCAGUUGCGGUGCCUCCCGUUCUUGUUCUUGUUGUUGUUGCUGUUGUCUGAAGCGCAUGCAACAAUUAAAGCCAAAAAGUUUCGGACAAAAUGCUGCUGCCUACGCCCGGGCGCCAACUAGCUGAACUGGUCCAUCGACAACAACAACACUUGUGCCGGGCAUAAAAAAGCCAAAAAAAAGAAAAGAAACAAUCUCCAAAAUAUCCAAAGAAUAACUGAAGAAGAAGAUAUCGAAGGCGCAGCAGAAGAAGUGUGCCGUGGCAGGAGGAGGAGGAGGAGCGAAAUUGUCUGCUUCUAAUUUGAAUGGACUCAACAGCAUUCGACAUACAAAUGCAUAUUUGGAAACUUUUGUUAAUUGUUACAAAAUUUGUACGCAUUGGUAUUGCCGACAAGAACGACUCGCCGCCAUAUUUCGAUAGAUUUCUGUACGAGACUGAAAUCGAUGAAAAUGCCGAUUUGCAGAGCACAGUACUCACUGUCAACGCCAAGGAUCACAAUGAGUCGACGAAUAUUCGAUACCAGAUCACAGGCGGUAACAUAGGCAAUGCCUUUGCCGUGCAGAAUACGACCGGUGUCAUCUACGUGGCCAGUCCGCUAGACUAUGAAACGCGGCCAAGGUAUGAGCUGCGUUUGGAGGCAACACGCAAUCGUAAAAACAACUAUACCACCGUUGUCAUCAAUGUACGCGAUGUUAACGAUAAUCCACCUGUCUUUGAUCGUCAAACAUAUCGCACACAAAUCACUGAAGAGGAUGAUCGCAAUUUGCCCAAACGCAUUUUACAGGUUACGGCUACCGAUGGCGAUGUAGAUAGACCAAUAAAUAUUGUAUAUUUCCUUACCGGCCAGGGCAUCGACCCGGAUAAUACGGCAAAUAGUAAAUUUGAUAUAAAUCGAACAACGGGCGAUAUUUUUGUACUCAAGCCCCUGGACCGGGAUCAGCCCAAUGGGCGGCCCCAAUGGCGUUUCACCGUGUUUGCGCAGGAUGAGGGCGGCGAGGGUCUGGUCGGCUAUGCGGACAUCCAAGUUAAUCUGAAGGACAUCAAUGACAAUGCGCCGCAGUUUCCGCAGGGCAUCUAUUUUGGCAAUGUCACCGAGAAUGGCACCGCCGGCAGCCCAGUGAUGACAAUGUCUGCCAUUGACUAUGACGAUCCCAACGAGAGCACCAAUGCCAAGCUAAUCUACUCAAUUGAGAAGAAUGUCAUCGAGGAGGAAACGGGCGCGCCCAUAUUUGAAAUUGAGCCCGAAACGGGCCUCAUCAAGACCGCCGUCUGUUGUCUCGACCGUGAACGCACACCGGACUAUUCCAUUCAGGUGGUGGCCAUGGACGGUGGCGGUCUGAAGGGCACUGGCACCGCCUCCAUUCGUGUCAAGGAUCUAAACGAUAUGCCGCCACAGUUUACGAAGGAUGAGUGGUUCACGGAGGUGGACGAAACGAACGGCACCCAUAUACCCGAAACGCCCAUUUUGACAGUCACCGUGCAGGACGAGGAUGAGACGAACAGCUUCCAAUAUAAGGUGGUGCCCAAUAGUGGCUUUGGUGCAGACAAAUUCGCGAUGGUACGGAAUGCGGAUGGGACUGGCUCACUGAAGAUUAUACAGCCGCUGGACUAUGAAGAUCCGUUGCAGAGCAGCGGCUUUCGCUUUCGCAUACAGGUGAACGAUAAGGGCGAGGAUGGCGCCGACAAAUAUCACGUGGCCUAUUCCUGGGUGGUCGUCAAGCUACGCGACAUCAAUGACAAUGUGCCGCGAUUUGAGCGCGAUCACAUCGAGGUCUCCAUCUAUGAGGACACCAAAGUGGGCACCAUACUCGAACAGUUCCGGGCCAGCGAUGCGGACCAGGGCGGCCACUCACGCGUCAGCUACAAGAUCGUGCGCGCCAGCAAUCGCCGGCGACAGUUCGCCAUUAGCGAGAAGGGCGCCGUCAGCAUACAGAGGCCGCUCGAUCGCGAGACAGCGGAUCGUCAUCAUAUCCAGGUGCUGGCCAGCGAUGAUGGCAAUCCCUCGCGCACGGCAACAGCCACGCUGACGGUGAUUGUCAAGGAUGUGAAUGAUAAUGCGCCAACGCUGGCACAGGACUACAGGCCAACGCUGCCGGAGAAUGUGUCGCCGCGCAAGAUCAUCGAGGUGGCUGCCAAGGAUGCGGAUGAUCGACAGCGCGGCAAUGGUGGUCCCUUCAGUUUUCGGCUGGAUCCGUUGGCCAGCGAUGAGAUACGCGCCGGCUUUAAAGUGGAAUACGAUCGCAGGGGCGACAAUGGCAAUGGGGUGGCCAUCAUCUCGUCGCUGCGUCCCUUCGACCGCGAGGUGCAGAAAUCCUAUGACAUACCCAUCGAGAUAAAGGACAACGGAGCGCCGGCAAUGACGGGCACCAGCACUUUGACUGUGACCAUUGGCGAUGUGAACGACAACAAAAUGCAGCCGGGCAGCAAAUCGGUCCUGGUCUACAACUACCAGGGACAGUCGCAUGACACGCCCAUCGGACGGGUGUACGUCAACGAUCCCGACGACUGGGAUGUGCCCGACAAGAAGUACUAUUGGGAGGCGCAGGAGCAUCAGCGCUUCAAGCUCGACACGGACACGGGCAUAUUGACCAUGCGGGCGGGCACGCGACGUGGUCGCUACCAACUGCGCUUUAAGGUGUACGAUCGCGAGCAUGGUCAGGAGGAUAUACCAGCAAAUUUGAGCGUUACGGUUAGGGAUAUCACAGCGGAGGCAGUGCAGCAGGCGGGCUCCAUGCGAUUGGCACACAUAACCGACGAGGACUUUGUGCGCACCUGGAAUCCGCUGAAGCAACAGGUGGAGCCAUCGAAGCUGGAACGCUUUCGCAACAAGCUGGCCGAGCUGCUCUACACGGAUCGCGACAAUGUCGACGUAUUCAGCGUGCAGCUGCGCUCGCAGUCUCCACAUCCGCUGACCGAUGUGCACUUUGCCGCCAGAUCUGCCACACAGCAGCCGUACUUUAAGGCGGUCCGUCUCAACGGAGUCGUGCAGAUGCAUCGCGAGGAGAUCGAGCAGGAGGUGGGCCUCAAUAUAACCAUGGUGCACAUUGACGAGUGCUUGCACGAGGGUCGCGGCAAAUGUCCGAGUGGCUCCUGCAGCUCCCGCACCGAGCUGGGCAAACGGCCGUACACGGUCAGCGUGAAUCGCACAGCCCUGGUCGGUGUACGGCUGGAGUUGAGUGCACAGUGCGUGUGCCGUGCCCGAAACUUCACCGGCCAGGAUCACAAUUGUCGCUCGCAUCAUUGCUUCAAUGGCGGACGCUGCGUGGAGACACGCAAUGGUCCGCGCUGCGUAGCCUGCCCCGUCGGCUAUGGCGGUCCGCGUUGCCAGCAGUCGACGCGCAGCUUUCGCGGCAAUGGCUGGGCCUGGUAUCCACCUUUGCAGCUGUGCGGCGAGUCGCAUUUGAGCCUCGAGUUCAUAACACGUGAGCCGGAUGGCCUCAUACUCUACAAUGGGCCCAUUGUGCCGCCCAAGCAGGCGGAGCCCGUAAUCAGUGACUUCAUAGCCAUUGAACUGGAACAGGGCUAUCCACGACUGCUGAUUGACUUUGGGUCUGGCACGCUCGAGCUGCGCGUUAAGACCAAAAAAACGCUGGACGACGGCAUCUGGCAUCGUCUGGACAUCUUUUGGGAUGCGGAAAAUGUGCGCAUGGUGGUCGACUUUUGUCGCACAGCUCUGAUCUCCGAGCUGGAGGAUGGUAGCGCGCCCGAGUUCGAUGACAAUGCGUGCCAGGCACGCGGACAAAUACCACCAUUUGCGGAGACAUUGAAUCUGAAUCAGCCACUGCAGCUGGGCGGCCUGUACAGGCAGCAUUUCGAUCAGACGCUCUACAAUUGGCAGUAUGCGUUUAGCUCGAAGGGAUUUGAUGGCUGCAUACGCAACGUGAUCCACAAUUCGGAGCACUAUGAUCUCGCCUUUCCGGCAUUGGCACGCAACAGUUUUCCCGCUUGCCCGCAAACGGACGAGGUUUGCCUCAAGACAGAGCACACGGCUCGCUGCUGGGAGCAUGGCAAUUGUGUGGCCAGCCUGGUGCAGGCCAAAUGCCACUGCCAGCCCGGCUGGAUGGGACCUGGCUGUAAUGUGCCCACCGUGCCGACCACCUUCAAGCCGCAGAGCUAUGUCAAGUUUGCGCUCAGCUUCGAGCCGGAUCGCUUUAGCACACAGCUACAGCUGAGAUUUCGCACUCGCGAACUGGCCGGCGAGCUGUUCCGUGUCAGCGAUCAGCAUCAGCGCGAAUAUGCCAUACUGGAGCUGCGCCGUGGCCAACUGCAGUUUCGCUACAACCUCAACUCGCUGCGAAAUGAGGAACAGCUAUUGGCACUAACUGCGAUUGCCGUGAACGAUGGCCAGUGGCAUGUGGUGCGCAUCAGUCGGUAUGGUUCGGCGGCGCUCAUGGAGCUGGAUGGCGGCGAGUCUCGGCGCUACAAUGAGUCAUUUCACUAUCAGGGCCAUCAGUGGCUCAGCCUUGACAAGCAGGAGGGCGUCUAUGCGGGCGGCAAGGCGGAGUAUACGGGCGUCAAAACGUUUGAGGUGCAGUCGGACUUUCAAAGAAGCUGCCUCGACGAUAUCAGACUCGAUGGCAAACAUCUGCCAUUGCCACCGGCCAUGAACGGCACACAGUGGGGCCAGGCGACAAUGGCGCGUAAUGUGGAACGUAACUGCCCCUCGAAUCGGCCCUGCUCGAAUGUUAUCUGCCCGGAUCCCUUUGAUUGUGUUGAUUUGUGGAAUGAAUACGAGUGCACCUGCAGCGAGGGACGCAUCAUGUCAGCGGAUACCAAGGGCUGUGUCGAUCGCAACGAAUGCCUGGACAUGCCCUGCCUCAACGGGGGCACGUGCAUCAAUUUGGAGCCACGUCUGCGAUAUCGCUGCAUUUGCCCCGAGGGCUAUUGGGGCGAGAACUGUGAACUGGUGCAGGAGGGACAGCGUCUAAAGCUUAGCAUGGGCGCCUUGGGCGCCAUAUUCGUUUGCCUGAUUAUCAUAUUGAUUCUCGCAUUGAUAUUCGUGCUGUACAAUCGCAAGCGUAAGACCACCAAGAAGAAGAAACGCUCUGGAGCGGAAAAGGAUGUGCGCGAAACGGUGAUUAGCUAUGAGGACGAGGGCGGCGGCGAGGACGAUAUGACGGCAUUCGACAUAACCCCACUGCAAAUACCAAUCAGCGCACAGAGCGGCACAAUGCCACCGGACAUAGCCGCCUGCAAGAUGCCCAUUAUAUAUCCUGUGAUGACACUGCUGCCGCCCGGCCAGGAGCUGAAUGUGGCCUAUCUGAUGGAGGAGCGCAAGCAGCGCAUUGACAAAGAUCCCAAUGCGCCGCCCUUUGAUGACCUGCGCAAUUUCACCUUCGAGGGCAGCGGCAGCAUUGCCGAAUCGCUCAGCUCGUUGGCAUCAGGCACCGACGAUGAGAAUCAAGACUUUAACUAUUUACAAAAUUGGGGUCCACGUUUCAAUGCCCUGGCCGCGAUGUACGUGCAUGAUAAGGCGAAAACCAAGCAGCCCCAGCAGCAGCAGCAGCAGCCACAGCCGCCUUCUCAAGUGGGCGUGGACAAUGCGCUGGCCGUGGUUGCAACCGGCAGCGGUGCUGGUCCAGGCGGCGGGGCGGGCGACACGCCCACCACGACGGAAGCCGACAAAGUUGUAUUAUAAAAAUAAAUAGUUAAGUUGUAGUUAAAAAUGAUGUUUCAGCUGUAAGCGUAAUGCCAGGAUAUGGAAACGGAUGUGGAAGUGGAUGUGGAUUGUGCACCAAUUUCAGCUCGACUACAAAACUUAAGUAUUCAAUAUAUGUGUGUAUGUCUCUCUCUCUUUGUGUGUGUGUUGAAUGUGAGUCUGUCUGUGUGUGUGUGUGUGUGUGUUAGCUUAGGGUUAGUUUGUAAGCAACAAAUACGGAUUAAACUAAAGCAGAGCCUUUACGUGUACUGUUACUCGUCUACAGAUAUUGACAAAUACCAAAUACAAUAUCUAACAGAAGAAAAAAAAA